AUUUUGCUCAUGAGUACGUUCGUACUCUUCGAUAAUAAUUUGUUCAUCUGGAUCAGGUGCGUUGAAGUUUUGAACAUAUGAGCUAGCGAGUGGGUCAUCGAUGAUAACUGUGAAUGGCUGAGCAGCCGUGAUGACUGACUUCAACUGAGUCAAGAACUUCUCAAAUUCUUGCAUUUGGGCAUUACCAACCAAACCAGAAUCACCUGCUUGGGUUGCGAUAGCACUGUCACCAAUAAAUGCUUUCGUGGAGAGAUCUUCAUAAACUUGUUGGAGAAGACCUUCAAGUGUUGUGAAUCUACCACCGAGUGUACCAGGUUCAAGUACGAGGUUUAUUUCUGGGAUGUUUAAUCCUGCGUGCUCAGAUUUAAGAAUAUCUCUAGACAAAUCCUCUUCGUCUUCAACCUUCAAAGUGAUACGCUUACCCUUUUCUGAAAUGGCACCACCUGCUUUGACUUCAUUAUCUUUGAAUCCACAAUGUUCACAAUUUGUGGACAUGAUCAAAAUAUCUUGGAAGUAUGGGAUGUUAACCUUCUUCAUAUUCGUUGGUGAGUCUUUGGCACAACUUGAACAGAUACCUGGGAAUUGGAAAACUUCAUCUGCGGUAAUUUCAUCACUAUCGCCGAAUCCAGCGACUUGUUUGACGUUCUCUUGUGGUUUUUCAUCUUCGUUGGCUAAUCUAAGUGCUACAUUCUCCUCGUGCCUAACUUGUAAGGUAAAUGCAGUGAAUGGGAGUGUUUCAUGUGAUUCUUCUGCUCUGUUUUUGUCUUCAAGGGUAGUGGUUGGUCCGUCGACAAGUUCUGGAAGGACCUCGUCAGAGGAGGCACCUACAGCACCUCUCAAUCUGGACAAUAAGUGGUUGAUUUUGUUGUAUACGUCGACAUCUAAAACCUUUCUCAAUGGUUGAUUCAUUGAGAGGUCUCUUAUUGUGUCUCUGAUGAUACCCUCGAUAGUGGUCAAUUGACCUCUGCCUUCUGGGACGGAGAGUUCAUAUUCUAAGAAUGAAACAACGGCAUGCUCCGAUUUUACGAUUUGUCUGUCUAAGUCUGCUGGAGAAGUAACAUGUACGGUGUGCAAACUUCCACGCUCUUGGAUUUCAGAUGCAGAUUGAAUCUCUGAGUUUGAAUUGCCACAGUGUUCGCAUCUGAAAGACAUAACGACGACUUCUUUAAAGUACGGGAUCAUAGUGAGCAACAUCCUCGUUGUACCAGUCUUCUCACAUUCCAUACAGAGUGAUUCCAUCUCCUGGACUGGAUUCUCCUCGAAAUCUUUAACGAGAUCUCCAACGUUUUUGAAUAAAUUUUCCGACAUCCUGAUCGUCUGAGUUCAAGAUGUAUUCCUGACUAAUCUCGGCCAUGUCCUAUAUACGUCAAAUACAGCAAAAUCAACCAAAUAAAAGACGUAGACAUGAUGAAUCUAACGUAUUUACUUCAAUAAAUGGCUACUCAAGGCAUAUCUCUACGAAGUCUUCAAAAAAUCCUGAUCAUAAAGCUGACGGUGAAUUGAGAAUAGAAGGAAGUGAUUCUUUAUACUUAGAUCUCUCUACUUUACCUCCACCUGCACUACAUAAGUACAUGACUAAUUAUGGUCUUGCAGCGCAGCUCCCACCAAGACCAAGAGAUGCUACUGCUGCUGUUGUACUCCCAUUCGCUUUGCGUCCUUCUCUCGAACAUUACUUCGAGGCUGCCCAAGGUGACAACAACAAUGACGAGGAAAUGAAUGAGGAAAUGAGCGAUAAUGGUAGUACUUCUAUGAGGAGGAGACCUUCACGUAAGACCUCAAGAUCGGUAUCCGCACAUCACGACGACCAAGACGAAAUGCUUGAUCCAGAGGAUAUGGAAGAAGAAGCUAUCUUGGCUGAUGUUGACGAUGCCCAUCAGCUUUUUAACAAGGUUGUUAGCAGUCACUACAGGGAGCAGAAUGUGAGAGAAGUUGAUAGUGUCGUCAGCUUUGUCCACGCUUUGCGAUCAAAAAAUAGAGCUCUCAAAGUGCUCCCACCUAGUUAAACCAUAUAGUCACAUCAUGAAAUUACACUGAAAGUCGCAUCUAAUAAACUACAACACAUUGAAUGUACACCUAAUUGCAAUUGUAAAUUAAUUUAGACUUAUUGAAU